AUGAUAUAUAGGAAAGGUCCCAGUGCUCCCUUUAAACCACCGAGGAUUAUUAAUGCUCAGAAUGCAAGUUCCAUCAUUGUAAACGAUAUUAAACCUGCUGGUAUAGACGUGAAACAGAACCUUGAAGAAAGCCUGGUGCUGAACAAAAGAUCAAUAAUCCUGGCAAAGAGGGCUAAUUAUGAUCAAAAGACCCAAGAUAUUAAGAAAGCCAAACAAAAUGAGCCGGUAGUCACAUUAGAACCUAAUAAUUCUCAAUAUUAUGCUGUUCAAUGGCGCAAGAAAUCUACUAAAAAGAACAAAACAUGGGAAGGUGACGGCAUUAUAAAGGUGUCAGAGACAUCAAUUGUAUUUAAAAACGCAAAUAAAAAGGAUUUAGGUAGAAUAUCCAGACCGAAAGAUGAUUUUCUUAACUCAAUAAUAUCGAUUGGAAGGUACGAGCUUGAAGUUGACUGCCAAAUCGAUGAAAGAGAAAUAGAUAAAAGCAACAUUAGAAGCAGUCCAAGUCCUCUUGUCAAUGAACCACAAACAAUUAAAGAGCCCGAGGUCACCAUAGUCCAUCAAUUCAAGAAUCCGUUAAGUGGUUUUAAGAAGGCUGUUGAAACGCGUCUGCCUCUUUAUAAAAUUAAGGAAAAUUCGCUUGUGAUGAAGCGACCGCCCAAUUUACCUGAUUCGAAAGUAGUUGAUGUCGUGGUAGAUCCUCAUCUCUCUUCACGGUUGAGAGAUCAUCAAAAGAGCGGUGUUGAAUUCCUCUAUGAGUGUGUUAUGGGUUUUAGAAAUUUCGAUGGGAACGGUGCAUUGUUAGCAGAUGAAAUGGGCUUAGGAAAAAGUUUGAUGACUAUUACUUUAAUUUGGACACUUUUCAAGCAAAGUCCAUACAUUGAAGAUAAGGGUGCUAUUGCAAAGAAAUUUUUAAUAUGUUGCCCCGUUACUUUAAUUGAAAACUGGAAAAAGGAGUUCAAAAAGUGGCUAGGAAUUAAUAAAAUAAGUGUUUUGACUUUAAAUUCAAAGCAACUGUCAGCUGGCGAUAAAAGGGAUAUUAUAAAUUUUGGAAAACUUAAAGUGCAUCAAGUUUUAGUAAUGAGUUACGAAAAAUUAGUCAAUUGUUCAGAUGAAUUGUCAACCGUUGACUUUGAUUUAUUGGUAUGUGAUGAAGGUCAUAAACUUAAGAACUCUUCAAAUAAAGCUCUAAAAGUUUUAAAGAGUUUAAAUUUGUCCAGAAAAGUAUUGUUGACAGGUACCCCUAUCCAAAAUGAUCUAACCGAAUUUUAUACAAUCAUUGAUUUUAUCAACCCAGGUGUCUUUGGAACUUUGCAGCAAUUUCAUCGCACAUACAUACGGCCUAUUUUAAUAUCGAGAGAAAUCAACUGUAAUAACCCUGAAGUGAAACGAAUGGGAGACGAAAUGUCUAAUAACUUAGUACAGCUAACAAAGGACUUCACAUUGAGGAGGACGAGCUCUAUUCUAUCCAGCUAUUUAACGUCUAAAACUGAUAUAAUUUUAUUUGUGCCACCCACUGGCUUUCAAUUAAGAUUGUUCAAGCUAAUCUUGAACUCAAAUAAAUUUACUGGUUUGUUAAAAGAAAGUGAAGGAGCGACGUCUAACCAAUGCUUGUCUUUGAUCACGCUAUUCAAGAAGAUUUGCAAUUCUCCAUCAUUACUUGCUGAUGAUAAGCUAUUCUCCACUUUAAUUGAAGGUGAAAUAUCUUUAACUGCAGGUGAAAUAUCUAAAAAAACAGCUAGUGGUAAGAUCAAAUUACUUAUUCCUUUGUUAUUGGAAAUUAAUGAAAAUAAAGAGAAAAUUGUAUUGGUGUCAAAUUACACUCAGACACUUGAUUUGUUAGAAGAUGUGUUAAGAAAAAUGAAUUUGACAUUUUUGAGAUUGGAUGGUUCUACGCCAAACAAGCUCAGAUCCAGUCUUGUCAACCAGUUUAAUAGUGAUAACAGCACAACAGUAUUUCUAUUAUCCUCGAAAUCUGGAGGAAUGGGGAUCAACUUAGUUGGCGCAUCUAGGCUAAUCUUGUUCGACAACGACUGGAAUCCGUCAGUUGAUUUACAGUCAAUGGCGCGUAUACAUAGAGAUGGCCAAACAAAACCUGUGUUUAUUUACAGAAUAAUGACAGCCGGUUGCAUAGAUGAGAAGAUCUUCCAGCGCCAGCUCAUGAAGAAUAAUUUGAGCAAAAACUUUUUGGAUAAUGAUUUUGAAUCCAAUUCAAACGUUUUUGAUCACAAUGACUUGAAAAAUUUGUUUGAAGUUGCCGAGUACACCAACAGUAAUACUCAUGAUUUAUUGGAUUGCUCUUGUGAGGGCACAGGCGAGAUACCAGAGUUAGAAGUUAGUCAGCAGAAGAGUGUAUCUCCUGGUGAAGGUUGUGAAGGUUCUAAUCCUUCUGGUUGGGUGACAGCAUUGGAUGUGAAAAAUACCCAAAGCACUGUUAAAGAAAAGAAAUCACUUGUAUUAAAGAAUUCAUUACUGGAAUAUAAACACUACGAUGUAUCAAAAAACAAGAUUAGUGGAACCAGUGAUAUCAUUAUAGACAAAAUUAUUUCAAAAUCACCAAAUUUGAUUAGCUUCUUAAUGUGCAAAUUAACAGAAUCUUCAUCACUUGAAGCAAAUACAUAA